CACAGUAGAGUAACUAGUGCUUGCCUUCGCCCCCCACAUCCCCACCCACCAACCCAUCAAGACCGGUCGUAUCUACAUGUAACUCCACCCCGCCCCGCUCCCAAACCUCGAUGUAACCCGCACCAUGAUCCCGCACACUUGGCUCCUCCUCUCGGACUCCGCACUGCCGUUGGGCUCAUUCGCCUUCUCCUCGGCGCUCGAAUCCUACCUCUCGCACGUGCCCAAGGCGCUCAAGCCGACCACCUCCGCGGCCACCACCGUGCUGUUAACACACUUCCUGCGGCUGAGCCUUCUCUCCACCUCCACGAGCAUCCUCCCAUUCGUCUCCGCGGCACACUCAGCGCCCUUGACAGCCGCCGAGCUAGACGACAUCCUCGACGCCUGUACACUCUGUACCGUGGCGCGACGAGCAUCAACAUCGCAGGGGCGCGCGCUGCUGACGGUAUACGACCGAGCGCUCGCAGGCUCCGUAACGACGGAGGCGGAGCGCGGGGUGGUGGAGGGGUACAAGCUCUCCGUCCGCCAGGGAGCCGCGAGCGGGCAUUUUGGCGUUGCGUGGGGGGUGGUGUGUAGCGUGCUGCAGCUGGAGCGCGAGGAGGCGCUCUACGUGUUCAUGUUUAAUCAUGCCAAGGCGGUGGUGAGCGCCGCUGUGCGACUGGGCUUGCUGGGUCCGUAUCAGGCGCAGGCGGUGUUGGCGAGUGGCGAGGUGAGGGUGUUGGUAGAGCGGGCGGUUGCGGUGGGUGGAUGCAUCGCGGUCGAGGACGCGGGCCAGAGUGUGCCGGUGCUGGACCUGUAUCAGGGACGGCACGAGUUGUUGUAUUCGAGGGUUUUCAACUCGUGAGGGACCGAAUGGCAGAUAAUUAUU